UUCGUGAAGUUCGCGAACAUCGAGGAGGACACGCCCUCCUACCACCGCAGCUACGACUUCUUCGUGUGCCGCUUCAGCGAGAUGUGCCACUCCAGCCACGAGGAUCCCGCCGUCAGAGCCAGGAUCCGGAUGUCGGGGAUCAAGGGCCUGCAGGGGGUGGUGAGGAAGACGGUGAAUGACGAGCUCCAGGCCAACAUUUGGGAUCCCCAGCACAUGGAUAAGAUCGUCCCUUCCCUGCUCUUCAACCUCCAGCACGGGGAGGAGCCCCAAAGCCGUUCCCCGUCCCCGGUGGGGGGUGCUCGGAAGGAGCGGGAGGUUCCGGCGGAUCUGGCCGAGCGGUGCCUGCGGGAGCUGCUGGCGAGAGCGGCCUUUGGCAACAUCAAAAACGCCCUCACGCCCGUCCUGCUGCACCUGGAUAACCAUUCCCUGUGGGAGCCCAAGGUUUUUGCCACCGGCUGCUUCCGGAUCAUCAUGUACUCCAUCCAGCCCCAGCAUUCCCACCUGGUGAUCCAGCAGCUGCUGGGCCACCUGGACUCGCACAGCCGGAGCGCCGCGCCGAUCCGGGCGGGAAUCGUGGAGGUGCUGUCGGAAGCCGCCGCCAUCGCCGCCUCCGGAUCCGUCGGCCCCACGGUGCUGGAGGUGUUCAACACCCUCCUGCGGCAGCUGCGCCUCAGCAUCGACUACGCCCUCACCGGCACCUACGACGGCGUCGGAUCCGCCAUCGGAUCCGGGAUCAGCUCCGGGAUCAGCUCCGGGCCCGGGCUGGGCUCCAGGAUGAUCAAGGAGCAGGAGGAGAGGAUGUUCCAGGAGGCUGUCAUCAAAACCAUCGGGUCCUUUGCCAGCACGCUGCCCACCUACCAGCAGUCGGAGGUGAUGGUGUUCAUCAUGAACAAGGUGCCUCUUCCCUGCUCCCAGCAUUCCAUGGAGCCGGGAAAAGACGGGGAGAACCGGAACCGCCUGACCCAGAUCAUGCUCCUCAAAUCCCUGCUCCAGGUAGGAAUUCCAUGGGAAAAAUCCCUCAGGAACUGCUCCAGAAUGGGAGGGAGUGCCCUGAACCCCCCAGGAUCCUCGGGAAGGCCCCACACGGAGGUGGCGCAGGUGGCGGAGGGGGGGCUGUGCCCGCCGGGGCGCUGUGCCCUGCUGGCCCUGGCGGCCGCCUACCUCAACAUCAUCGCCCAGAUGCUCGCCCUGCCCGCCCUCUGCCAGCACGUGCACCAGGUGAUCCAGGCCCGGCAGAAGGAGGCCCCGUUCCUGCUCCCCGAGGACGUGUUCGUGGAGAACCCCCGGCCGAUCCCGAGCCUGGAUGAGCUGGGGCCGGAGUUUUUCUUCUGGCAGAGCAAGAUCAGCGAGGGGCUGGGAGGGAGCGGAUACAGCCUGGAACGGCUCAGCAUUCCCUACGUCCCACAGCUCACCG